UAAUCAUUAAUGAGUAAAAAAUCUGAUCAUGUACUUUGCUCAUAAUAUAUUAUAAAAAACGUUAUAGUAAAUACGAUUUAAAAUGAAAUUCCUAUGUAAGUAAAAUGUAUUAACAACAGUACGAGUGAAUUUAUUUGGCACAGUGAAAUUUCUCCAAAUAAUUCGUAUUUUUUAUUAGUUAUACUUAAUAAACAAGAGUAAUGGGUAUUCCUAGUCCCUUUGUUUAUUGGGCACAAACUGACAAAAGUGUAUCACUAAAAAUUGAUUUAAGAAAUGUUUUGAAGCCUGAUAUUAGUGUAUGUGAUAAUAAUAUAAAGUUUGCGGCGCAAGGAGUGGGUGCUCAUGGAGAUAGUCAAUACGAAUUCAAUUUAGAUUUAUUUUCUUCAAUUAAGCCAAAUAAUGAUGGAAAUGCAACAACUGUGCGAAUUUUUGAUAACAGAGUGGAAGUGGUUUUGCAAAAGAGCAAGCCAACAUGGUGGCCGAGACUUACAGCUCAGCCUCAGAAACCGGCUUGGCUAAAGAUAAACUUUGAUUUAUGGAAAUCUGAUGAUGGUCAUGACAGUGAAGAGGAAACGAGAGAUGUUAUGUUAGACUACCCUGGCAUGUAUGACAAAUUACAAAAAGAAGAAAUGGGUUACAGAAAAGAAGAUGUGAAAAAGGUGUACCUGGUCAUAUACAAUCUAUGCCAGUUAAUUGGAUUUGUUUAUAUAUUAUGUGUGAUGGCUAUAAGAUAUAUUAAGCUGGACUAUGAUUCGGUUGCUGACACAUAUCAGCAUGUGGGUUCCGCAAUGAAGUUCCUACAACUCAUGAUGUUUCUAGAAGUUAUGCAUCCUUUGUUUGGAUAUACUAAGGGUGGAGUUCUCGUACCAUUCUUACAAGUAAGCGGCCGCGCAUUUGUUCUAUUUGCUAUGAUCGAUGCGGAGCCAAGGAUGCAGACGAAGCCAGUUGUUUUCUAUCUGUUCCUUAUGUGGAGCAUCAUUGAAGUUAUCAGGUAUCCCUAUUACAUAAUGCAAUUGUAUAAAAAGGAAAUUUAUAUUUUAACUUGGCUGCGUUACACAAUGUGGAUACCACUUUACCCACUUGGAAUUGUAUGCGAGGCCACUGUCAUUCUACGGAAUAUACCCUAUUUUGAAGAGACUCAAAGGUUUACCAUAGCAAUGCCAAAUGAAUGGAAUUUCACCUUCCACAUGCCAUCUAUGCUAAAAAUGUAUUUAUUGAUUCUUGCCUGCCCAGGAUUGUAUUUUGUUAUGACGCAUAUGUAUAAAUUAAGGAAAAUAAAGUUGAAACCAAAAAUUGUUAUUAAGAAAUGUAAAUAGGCACAAGAAUUAAAGACUAAAUUUGUGCCUCAUAUUGGCAUAUGUGGCACAUAGCACUUUAUUUCAUUUUUUUGUGGUGUAAUUGUUAUGCACACAUUGCAAUAUUGCUGGCUAUUUUAAUGAAAUUAAUAGUUAUUCUCUCUUCAUAACAUAAUGUAAUAAUCAGCUGUAGUAAAUUAGAUAUAUGUUUUCAUAUAUAGCUUGUGGUUUAUAUUUUAUUGAUGUAGAAUAUGUGCAAACCAUAAAUAAAAUAAUCUGAAUACAUAUUUGACGAUUGUCUCAUUAUUCAUGUAGUUUUUAGGAUAUAAAUAUAGGCAACAAUAUGUAGAAUAUUGUUUGUGUCUGCAUAUUACCAAUUUUCCUAAUUACUUGGGAACAAAGAUUCAUACAUUAUGUGGAAACUAUGAGCUAUUUUGUUUAUAAGUAAAUAUUAUUUUAAGGUGUUAGAU